GGAAGGACAGCUGAUAGACUGGCAAAGAAGACUUUUAAAAAAUCAAUUGAGAAGGAGAAUUUUAAAUCUUGGAGGAGAUAUGAUGGCUGGCAACCUAACAUGAAGAGUCAUAUUAUUCCCCGCUAUAUGAGCUGCCUGUCAGCCACUACCCACCACUACCCACAGGUGGGUAGUGACCAGAGGAGACCAGAGGAGAGGGGGCUGCACCGGCCAAAAAGGGUUCACAGGAGGGAACAAAAGCCAUCUUCUGUAGAAGCGAAAUGGAAAGACACAGCAGAAACUGUAAUUAUUGGAGGUGGUUGUGUUGGUGUCAGUCUUGCCUAUCACUUGGCCAAGGCUGGCAUGAAGGAUGUACUGUUGUUGGAGAAAUCUGAGCUCACUGCUGGAUCUACUUGGCAUGCAGCAGGUUUGACAACAUAUUUCCAUCCUGGAAUAAAUCUGAAGAAAAUCCAUCAUUACAGCAUCAAGCUUUAUGAAAAAUUAGAGGAGGAGACUGGGCAGGCUGUGGGGUUUCACUGCCCAGGGAGUAUUAGAAUUGCAUCAACUCCAACAAGAGUGGAUGAAUUUAAAUACCAAAUGACUCGAGCUGGUUGGCACCCCACAGAACAAUAUCUUAUUGAUCCAGAAAAAGUGCAAGAAUUAUUUCCUUUAUUAAACAUGGCAAAGGUUUUAGCUGGUCUGUACAAUCCUGGAGAUGGUCAUAUAGAUCCUUAUUCACUUACUAUGGCUUUGGCUGCAGGAGCCAGGAAAUAUGGAGCUCAGUUAAAUUAUCCAGUACAAGUAACUAAUUUAAAAUCUAGACUAGACGGAACAUGGGAAGUUGAAACUCCACAUGGAAUAAUUAAAACAAACAGAAUUGUGAAUACAGCUGGUUUCUGGGCUCGUGAAAUAGGCAGAAUGAUUGGAUUGCAUCAUCCACUCAUACCAGUUCAUCACCAAUAUAUCGUUACUGGAACUAUCCCUGAAGUGAAAGCCCUGAAAAAGGAAUUGGCUGUUCUUCGUGACUUAGAAGGUUCAUAUUAUUUAAGACAGGAAAGAGAUGGGCUUUUAUUAGGCCCAUAUGAAAGUCAAGAAAAAAUGAAACUACAGAAAUCUUGGAUGGAACACGGAGUCCCACCAGGUUUUGGAAAGGAGCUUUUUGAAUCCGAUUUGGAUCGAAUAAUUGAUCACGUCGAGGCUGCUAUGGAAAUGGUCCCUGUCCUGAGAGAAGCAGAUAUUAUCAAUAUAGUUGCAGGUCCUAUAACAUAUUCUCCAGAUAUUUUGCCAAUGGUGGGACCACAUCAGAGUGUUCAUAAUUACUGGGUGGCCAUUGGUUUUGGGUAUGGAAUCAUCCAUGCUGGUGGUAUAGGAAAGUAUCUCAGUGACUGGAUACUCAGUGGAGAGCCUCCUUUUGACCUAAUAGAAGUAGAUCCAAAUAGGUAUGGAAGGUGGACAACUACAAAAUACACAGAAGCAAAAGCAAGAGAAUCUUAUGGAUUUAAUAAUAUUAUUGGGUUUCCUAAAGAAGAAAGAUUUGCUGGGAGACCUACAGAAAGAGUCAGUGGGCUUUAUGAAAUCCUUAAGGGUAAAUGCUCCAUGGGAUUCCAUGCAGGCUGGGAACAGCCUCAUUGGUUCUACAAACAUGGUGAUGAAAUUGGAUACAAACCUAGUUUUCGACGCACAAACUGGUUUGAACCUGUAGGUCGAGAAUAUAAACAAGUGAUGGAAAAAGUGGGUGUGAUUGACCUUACUCCUUUUGGCAAGUUUAGCAUCAAAGGCAGUGAUUCAGUUAAACUUUUGGAUCAUCUGUUUGCAAAUGUGGUCCCAAAGGUGGGUUUCACAAAUAUAAGUCAUAUGUUGACCUCAAAAGGCAAAGUCUAUGCUGAACUCACAGUCUCUCAUCUGAAUCCAGGGGAAUUUUUAUUAAUUACUGGUUCUGGAUCAGAGCUUCAUGACUUGAGAUGGAUUGAAGAGGAGGCAUUUAGAGGACAAUAUAAUGUUGAUAUCAAAAAUAUUACAGAUGAAAUUGGAGUAUUGGGUGUAGCAGGUCCAUAUGCACGGAAAGUUCUCCAGAAGCUAACAUCUGAAGAUCUUAGUGAUGCUGCAUUUAGUUUUCUGCAGUCCAAGCAUUUAAACAUUGCUAACAUUCCUGUUACUGCAAUUAGAAUUUCUUACACAGGUGAACUAGGGUGGGAACUGUACCACAGACGAGAAGAUACUAUAGCUUUAUAUUCUACAAUCAUGGAAGCUGGCUAUGAAGAAGGAAUUGACAACUUUGGAACAUAUGCGAUGAAUACAUUACGGCUAGAAAAGGCUUUUCGUGCCUGGGGAGCAGAGAUGAAUUGUGACACCAAUCCUCUGGAAGCUGGACUGAAAUAUUUUAUCAAAUUAAAUAAG